AUGAAAAGCAGUGAGGGAAUCUUUGUCCCCAAAUCUAAAAAAAAUAAAAAAACAGCGAAAAAGAGAAAGCCAGAUGAAAAAUUUCAUUCAAGCCUGGUUUCAUCUGAUUAUGAAUCGUCAUCUGAAGAAGAGAAAGUUGAGAAGAUUUUUCGCGAUAAAAUAUAUAUGGCAAGAGUAUUGCCUAAAUUUGCACCACAUAUCGGUUGUCAUACGAUCAAUGACAUUGAAGACCGUAUUAAGGCAAUGCUAACGAAGAAUCAGUUCAAGAAGUUUUGUACUGAUAGUAUUUUUGGUGUUUUCAUGAAGAAAAAAAAUUGUGUUGUGCAAGCGCAAUUAGGGAGAUGCAUUAUGUCACUGGAGACUACGGAAAGUUCAACAAGUGACAUAGUAAUUCGUGCAAAGGAAACAACUCUGCAUUUUAGUCUUAGAGAAUUUACUGUAGUAACUGGUUUGAAUUGUCAUUCAAACAGGGAUGAUUUUGGUUUUGAUGAAGACGUUCCAAAUAAAAUUAUUGAUCAGUAUUUUGACGGAAAAAACGAGAAUGAUGAAGAUGCAUUCAAGUUUGCUAAUUUAUAUUUUAUUUAUGGAUUUUUGUUGUCGUCUGUUGAUACUGUCAUUAUUCCACGCAUCCAUUUUGAUCUGGUGGAGAGUGAUCGUUACAGGGACUAUCCUUGGGGAUUGGUUGCAUAUGAAGAAUUAGCUAAAAGUUUGAAUAAAAAGUUGAAACCCACAGAGAUGUUUUACAUGCUUCAUGGAAUGCCACUUGCCAUCCAGAUUUGGUUGUACGAGUGUUGUUCUGUUGUCCCUCGUACGGUUGCUUCCAAGGUGGAUUCUCAAAUUCCACGUCUUCUAAAUUGGAAGACAAAUUCUAUUCGCCCACGAUAUGAAUCAUUGAUGAAAAGUUUGUUUAAUGAUUCAAAUGAUAAGGUUGUUUUCAAGAACAUUGAGCCGACACGAAAGGAGAUUUCAACCUUUCAGAUACCAAAGAAGGGCAAUUCGUCAAAUUCACCUGCCAAGAAAAAGUUGAAGAAUCAAUCAAAAGAUGUAGAUCAGCAUACACCAAAAAGGACUCCUCCAAGUCGUGUUGUGAAGAUGUCUUUUGUGAAGACACCAAUUUUCAAGGCGAUUCAAUCAAAAGAAACAGUACCUUCAAACAGGAAAGACAUUCUGAUUCAGUCGCCUGAUAUGUCUUUUUUCAAUCGUGAAGACGAAGAUGAUGUUCUUUCUAAGAAAGUGUUUGAAAAAUUUCAUGAUGAGGCUCGGAAAGAGUUUAAUGACAUUCAAAAUUUAGUAACAACAAGGUGUGAUCAAAUAAUGAAUUCAAUAAAUGAGAUGAAGAAACAAGAAAAGGACAAAGAUUGUGACAAGGCUCAAAUGGAGGAAGGUGAUAAGAAUACAUCACCAUAUCAAUCAACUCCAACGACUGUGGAAGGUUUUAAUAAGAAUCCCGAAGGCAUAUUGGUUAAAGAUUAUGAAUUUGUCAAGCCACAAUUGGAUGUAGCUGAUAAGGAUACUUCACCCCAUGAAUCCACACCAAUUUUACAUCAUGAUUUUGAUAAGAAUCUUGAAGGCACGUUGGACAAAAUUGAUACCUCCGUGCAUGAAGCAAGAGAUUUCUGUGAUUCAACGAACAAAAAAAUUAUUGAUGAAAGUGUGGGUGAAGCACAAUUUUCCUCACAAAACACAUUUCCAGAUAAGGUGCUUAGAAGUAUCAAUCUUGAUUUCAUACAACAAAAUUUGAGAGUUCGAGAUGAUUCAAAGAUUUGUGUAUAUUAUAAACAAAACACUGAAGCGGCUGCAGAAAUAAUUGAAAAUACAUCAAUGGCUGAUUGUGAGAAACCAAAUUUGGAUGAACAAAUUAAUUCAGAAGUCCACACCCAUGAAGCAGUUUUUGGAGAAGGAAAGUCUCAACCAAAUUUACGUGAUUCCCAACAAAUUGAUGUUUGCCUAUACUAUUUGAGAAAGAAAUCCAAGUAUGAACCAAAUAGCUCAUAUAUGUAUAGCACAGUUGACUGUAAUUUCAUGAACAUUGUAAGAGCUGUGUAUUCAAUUGAUGAUUCAACGCUUAAUGCUGGUGGAAAGAAAUACCAUUUGAAUGAGUACAUAAGUGAAUUUCACAUGCAUGGUGCUGUUCCAUGGCAUACAGUUGAUCAUAUAUUUAUUCCUAUCAACAUAAAUUCCAAACAUCACUGGGUUCUGGCUGUACUUUCUUUCAACAGUAGAUGCAUAUAUGUAUAUGAUUCACUGUCAUCUGCUGAUCAUGAUUCUGCUGUACUUGCUGAAGUUGAGAAGUUAGCUGAGGUUAUACCUUACUGUCUUUUGGCAUGUAAAUUCUAUGAGAAGAAGGGUAUUGAUAUUGACAACCAUCCAAAUUACAAACUAAAUGAUAAACAUGAUCUUUUUGAUGUUUACAUUGUGGAAGAUUUGCCUUAA